AUGAGCUGCACCUACACAUACCCACAGUGGAUAAACAAACAGAAAACUACAGCUGAGAAAUCAUUCUGGUUUAUUAAUAGCGACAUUAACCCUGUAGAUCUGAAAACAGAGUCAGAGUAUAAAGGUCGUGUCCAUUAUCCUGACAAUAAGAACCAUUGUGAGGUGAGAAUCUCAGACCUGAGACAGAGCGACUCAGCUCAGUACCACUUCAGUUUUAUAAUAAACCAACCUGGUGGACGUUAUACUGGUUCACCUGGAGUCACUCUGACUGUCACAGAUCUCCAGGUCCAUGUGACCAGAUCAUCAUCCUGCGGGAAUUCUAAUUGUGUCCAAGUAGAGCUGAGGUGUCACAGCAGCUGUCGUCUACCUGACAAUUACAAAUACACCUGGUUCAAGAACAGACAGAAGAUUCAGAGUGAAACAUCAUCUUCCUAUUCCACCUCUUUUUCCUCUGAAGAUACAGUUUCCUGUGCUGUUAAAUUAGGUUCUGAGAUGUUCUCCUCUCCUCCAGUGUUUGCUCCAACGGUUCCUUCAGUGUCUUUCAGUCCCUCUGGUGAAAUCAUUGAGGGCAGGUCAGUGACUCUGACCUGUACCAGUGAUGCAAACCCACCUGUUACUAAAUACACCUGGUACAAGAGAGGAAAGAAUCGACUUCAGUCAAGAGGACAGCAGUUUGUCCUCAGCUUCAUCAACUCCUCUGACUCUGGAUCAUAUUCAUGUGUAGCUGAGAACAGUCUGGGGUUGAAGAUGUCAGAAUACGUCUAUAUUGAUGUGAAAUACAAGACAUUCAUCCAAUAUUCACUCCCAAUGAAUAUUAUCAAGGUGAUGCUGGUGGGUCUCCUGCCCAUUGCUCUGAUUUUCCUGACUGUGUGGAAAAGGAAGAAGAAAACUCAGAACUUGAACACUGGACUGAAUCCUCCUGAGAAUAUGGUGUUACAGUCUGAUCCUGACUACGUCAAUGUGUCGGCGUUGAAAUCAGUCACUGCAGCAAAGAGAGAAGAUUCACAGGAGCAAGAAAGUGUGAUGUGACAAUGUCAGAGAUAUGAUGAUACUCUGACGUCUGCAUUUGUCAGAGGAAGGAAACAACAAUAUCUGUUCAAUGUUCAACCAUUUUUACAGUUUACCAAAUUACAAGCUAAAGGAUUAAACCUGUAAAUAAUUCAUUUAUCAGACUCAGAGUAUUUACCUGUGAGAUAAAGGCUUUGAGUUUGGCAGGUUUUGUUUCUCCAUAUUCACUGAUGAUUUCUAUAAAUGUGAUCCAGAUGAAGGCUUCAUAGAUUUCUUCUUCAC